ACGGCUUUGGGUAAAAUGCAUGCUCUGCGAACCUACCUACCAACUGCAUAUUUCCCAAUGCCAACGAUGUUGUUUAUUACCAGACAAAAGAGAGUGCGCACUGUUAUCAAGUAUGCAAAUACUGUAACAACAAGUGUUAGCUUCGAUGAAUUCCAGCUUAGGUUGAUUAAACUAUUGCACGUGAUUCUACCCCCGGAGAUUGUCAAGCUAGUCCCUAGAAACCAUUUGAUGACGGAGACUGAAUGGCGCAAUAUUGGUGUUCAGCAGAGUCCAGGCUGGAUUCAUUAUCUGAUACACUCCCCAGAACCCCAUAUUUUGUUAUUUCGAAGACCAGUGUCUACAACAUCGUGAUUUGUUUAUCAUCCCAUCCUUCAGCUUGAGCUGGCAGUAGUUUUCAUUUAUAGUACUUUGUGUUUUAUGUAGACUAGUACAUGCAGGUGGUAGUGGGACAAUAAUGGUUGUGACUUGCAGAUGGCUUGCCAUUACAGUAUUAUAAUUAAUAUUACUACUUUUUAUUUGUGUUUAUCGUUCAUAGUGCAAAUAUCAUUAGCAACAUUCAGCCUGUUUGUGGCUGAAAUUUGUUUUUAUUAAAGCCGUGUUCACACUAUCAAAGUUUAUGUACAAAUUUGUAGGAUAUGCCCAUAUAUGGGCAUAAUGAUUAAUAUUUUUCUUGCCUAUUAACAUUGAGCUUUAGAUUUUGUGACGACGGUAAGAUCUAGAACGGAAUGCCGUCACUCAGAAUUCAUUGCGCAUGGAAAGAUGCCGAGUCAUUUUUGUGUCUGAUUUUCUAGGAUGCAGUGUGGCCUGAAUUUACGUUGCGCAUAGAAUGCGGAGCAAUCACAGAUGAGUGAAUCUGUCAUAGGGUCACGCCAUCUCACAAAUUCAAAGCUUCUUAAUGUAAUACAGUACUACUUCUCUUGGAUUCUGUGCAUUGAUCCUUGAAUUUGGUUUCAAUUUAAGGUCAAUUUUAAUAAAGACUAAGUUAAGAAUAAUGAUUUUUGUGCAAAAUGACACAUGAUAAGUGUAUAUUUAAAAAAAAAAUAAUCCCGUUAAAAAAAGUUUAUAAUUUAUUUGAUCCUUCAAUGAGCAAUUAAUAGUAAUAUUGUAGGUUUUCUAUAUUUAACCAGCGACAGUACCGUACAUCUUACAGGGAUAGGUGUCAGGGGAGAUGGGAAAAAAUGCUUGCAGUGAAUAGGCGGCUACUCAUAAAAAUCAUAUCCAAGGCCCCCUCACUCCUUGAUAAACUCACCAUGUCAGUAUGCUCACCAAAUAUGGACAUGGUAAUGUCAUAUCGCAUUUAUUGGCCAAAUGCUUUUAUGUUAGAUUAAUUUAUUGUGAAAAAUCAAUGUUUAGUGUUUAACUUUAGUUGCUGAUAACUAGGUUUAAAAUUGUCAAUUGUUGUAAAUCUUAAGAAUAUGAGUGAAUCACUGAAUAAAUAUAUAACGUUUAAUGAAA